AUGGCUCCCCACGCGAACAAACCUAAGACUGGUAUCGAGUCCAACUCUACGGCCAGUACUGAGGGGUCGACGGCUCUCCAUGCCUUGUUGAAUCAGUAUCCCAGCAUUUGCUUUCUCCGCUGCCAGUGGCAGGAUUAUUCGGGCGUCGUGCGAGCCCGCAUCGUUCCUAUAGCACAAGCACUAUCGAUUGCAGCCGAGAAGAGGAAGCUUCAUGUCCCGGGUUGUGCAUUCCAUUUGACCGUGAAUCAUGAAAACAUUCCAGAACUGAAUCCGAGAGGAUACCACUGGCUGGUCCCAGACUGGGACUCCCUGUUCCCUCUAGCUCAGCAACUGAACGUGAAUCCUAGCUAUGCCACCGUCAUGUGCAGUGUUGCCGAGCAUCUUCCGGUACAACCAGAACUAAACUGGAACUACUGCCCUCGCAAGGCUCUAAAGACCGUUGUCGAGAAGGCAGAGAAGCUACUCCAGGUGCACUUACUCGUCGGCUUUGAGGUCGAAUUCCAGAUUAUGAAAGCCUCCGCCGACGGGAAGUUAGAACCUCAUAGUUCCGGGAUGGGCCGUUGUGCUAUUUCUGGACUCCGUGACCCUUGUGUGGCCCAUAUCCAGGAAGUUGUACAGAUGCUGAUAGGCGCCGGGAUAGGGGUCGGCGCUUUUCAGACUGAAGGGGACCGUGGGCAAUACGAAAUCGCUCUCGAACCUCAGUCUCCUCUCAGAGCUAUUGACGAGCUCAUCCUGGUCCAUGAUACCCUCAAAUCUGUCUUUGCUCGCCAUGGAUUGGUAGCAACCAUGGCACCCCGACCAGUGGCGUCACACAAACAGAUGGCUGGACAACACACUCACAUCUCGCUCAACCCCCCAAACAAGGAGGCCUCUUUUCUGGCUGGCAUGCUCCGCAGACUUCCCGGCCUGUGUGCAUUUUUCCUCCCGUAUGACCUAUCAUACGAGCGUGUCCAGCCAUACCUUGCGGGCCAUAUCGUUGCAUGGGGGUCCGAGAACCGAGCAGUAGCUAUCCGCCAGAUAAAGACUGGUCACUGGGAGCUCCGUUGUGUGGAUGCUACAGCCAACAUGUACGUCGCUCUUGCAGCUGUGAUCAGCGCUGGUACAAUAGGCUGCAUCAAUGAGGAAGAAUUGGUAUGGCCGGACACUGGUUUCAUCACCGAACACUUCCCAACUAGCGGCACUGAACCCCUUCCCAAGAGCCUAACGGCUUCCUUGGAGCAGUUGAACAAGUCGUGUGACAGCCUUGAAGAGAUGAUUGGAAGUCGGAUGCUUCGGCACUAUAUCGCUGUCAAGAGGUUCGAAGCACCCAGGCUUCAGAGGUUACCUGAAGAGACGGCAGUCUCUAAGCAUACGUCAGUAGUAUAUACUUAG